CGAAAAAUUUUAUAAACUCUCACUAAAUCCUUUCAAAGGCAAGCCAUCCGCGUGGGACUCCUAUAUGACGUCAAAAUGUUGCUCGUCGACGGGCAUUAUACGCCAUCUUGAAGCAAAACAGGAACAGUUCUCCUGCUUGAGUGGAAUGCCUUUACGUCGUUAAUGUGCUGCCCAGCAUCUCUGUAGGUUUCAGAGCACUUCAAGUGGUAGAUAGCAGAGAAAGCAUCUUGGUUGUCCUGUAGUCUGUUUACGUAAUGAUGGCGGGAGUCGGAAUAGGGAAUGACCUGCAGUGGUGCUUUUCUCAAGUCAAGGGUGCUAUAGAUGAAGAUCUCUCUGAAGCUGAUAUUAUCUCAACAGUGGAAUUUAACUGUUCUGGAGAUCUACUAGCAACUGGUGACAAAGGAGGAAGAGUAGUUAUAUUUCAAAGGGAAGAAGAGUAUUUUUUCUUGAUCUUUCUAAUUGCAGAUAAAACAAUUAAGCUCUGGAAAAUUAGUGAGAGAGAUAAGAGAGCUGAAGGUUACAAUUUAAGAGAUGAAGAUGGAAGAUGUAGAGAUUGCUUUAGAAUUACAGCACUUCGGGUGCCAAUAUUGAAACCUAUGGAUUUAAUGGUAGAAGCAAGUCCACGAAGAAUAUUUUCAAAUGCUCACACAUACCAUAUUAACUCUAUUUCAGUUAAUAGUGAUCAUGAAACUUAUCUUUCUGCUGAUGACCUAAGAAUUAACCUGUGGCACUUGGAAGUCACAGAUAGAAGUUACAAUAUUGUAGAUAUUAAACCUGCUAAUAUGGAAGAACUGACUGAAGUAAUUACCGCAGCAGAGUUUCACCCAUAUCAGUGCAAUGUGUUUGUGUACAGCAGCAGCAAAGGAACUAUAAGACUGUGUGACAUGCGUGCUGCUGCUCUCUGUGACAGGCAUACAAAAUUUUUUGAGGAGCCAGAAGAUCCCAGUAGCAGGUCAUUUUUCUCAGAAAUAAUUUCAUCAAUAUCUGAUGUAAAAUUCAGUCACAGUGGACGGUAUAUGAUGACAAGAGAUUAUUUGUCAAUCAAAGUGUGGGACCUUAACAUGGAACACAGGCCUGUAGAAACCUUUCAGGUUCAUGACUAUCUGCGAAGUAAACUCUGUUCACUGUAUGAAAAUGACUGUAUAUUUGACAAGUUUGAAUGCUGUUGGAAUGGUACUGACAGUGCGAUCAUGACAGGUUCUUACAACAACUUCUUCAGGAUGUUGGAUAGAAACACAAGGAGGGACAUUACACUAGAAGCCUCAAGGGAAAGCAGUAAACCACGUGCCACCUUAAAACCUCGUAAAGUUACUACUGGUGGCAAGAGGAAAAAAGAUGAGAUAAAUGUGGACAGUUUGGACUUCAAUAAGAAGAUUUUGCAUACAGCUUGGCAUCCCAAUGAAAAUGUCAUUGCUGUAGCUGCUACUAACAACUUGUACAUUUUCCAGGACAGGAUUAACUAAAUUCAGCCAGUUUUGAGGACCGAUUCUUGUUCUUGCACAUUUGAGCUUAACUUUUUUAUUUAUGGGGGUGGGGGGAAGCAGAGUUCUCCUUGUAAUCAAUGUGAUGCUCUUUCCCAGUGGCAAACAGAAAUGGCCUUUUUUUGUUUUAGGUUUGUGAUGCGUUUCUGCCUUCAUUGAUGGGUAGGUGCAUUAAGAUAUUUUUAUUUUAAACAAAAAGUCCCAGAAUAUAUUUAUCAGUUCCUUGCAAAAUGUUCAGUAAAUACCUACAGUUGAAGUCCAUUAUGUAUUCAAGACAGCCAUGCUUUAAUUUAUAGACCAACAAAAUGAGUUCAUUGAAAGAUACUCCAUCAGCUAUGUCUGAUUUUGGGACACACUUGAAAAUUUAUUGCGCUUGAUGCCUGUAGACAUUCCUCCUCGGGUCUUUUUUUCCCCUGCUUGGUUAUUUAGGUUAUAACAUGGACACUAAAAUUAGCACUGUAAACGUGCUGUACUAUAAACUCCUUGAUUUACCUUGCUGUUGUGGUUACACUGCCAUAAAGGUUAUUUAAACCUGAGGAACUAUAUUCACUUUCCAUUUUUUUUUUUGUUCAAUGCAUGGAUUAAUGGUAAGUGCAGCAUAUUUCUAGGCAUAUGUAUUUGAAAAAAGGACUGCCCUGGACAAUUUAUGUAGCAUGCUUAGUAUUGUGAUAUGAUUGCAAACAUUCAGACUUUCAAAUGUCUCAGCUAACUGGUUACAUUUAUAUUCCUCAUUAUUUUACAUAAUGGUUCGUUUGGAAAAUGUAGUUUGCAGAUAGUGAAGAUGAGAUACAGGCUGAUUUGCCUGAGUGUUUCAGAUGGCUUUGUGUAGUGUUAAAGGGUAAGCUUUAACACUAUAACAUUGUUUGUUUCCCAUUUGCAAAGAAGCUACUUUUAGGGGCAGCAGUCUGCAAACCACAUCUUCCACUUCAGAGUAAGACAAGUUUUGGUUGACACUGUAAUAUUUAUUAAAAGGACAUAGUUGAUGUACAUUAAUUUUAUACCUUUUACUGAUAAUUUAUUUUUAACAUGACUGUUUUGUUUGUAAAUGCCUAAGACCAUUGGUGAGCCUAAUGUAAACUAUAUGUUGGACAUUAUUUAAAAAAAAAAAAAAGAAAGAAGCUGAGGAAUGUGAUAUUCAGCCAGUUAUGCCAAACAGAUGAUAGGCUGUUAUAACCAAAUAAUGUAUACAUAGGUUAUGUUUAAUUAUGAUUUGUGCCUCUAGUAAGACAGAAGUGUUUACACUCCAUUAUUUAAGUAUGGGCAUGUACUUGUAAUGGCUAACAUCUGUAACUAAGUGCAAUAACAAAACGUGUCCCAUAUUUUGUAUCUAUAUUGUGCCACCCUGGGUCACACUGCAUUAGUAAUUACUAACAUUUACAUUUUUAAAAUAAAUUAAAGGAUUCUCAGACCAUGAA